CAGAAAUAUUUGCAUAAUUUAUACUGGAUAAUUGCAUCGAAGAGCAAAGAAUCUGGCUGUCUAAUUUUGUAGAGCAAUGUGGUAUGAUGAUGCCUAUGAUUACAGUUCCUCCGUAUAUUCACCGUCUUAUUACGGUUCUGAUGUGGAAGGAGAUGACCUGAGAGGCGCUGUACAUAGAGAUCAAGAAGAAAGCAACAACGCGUCAACUACAAAAGACGCUUCGGGCACUGUUUACCAGUUACUUUCCCUUCAAGACUUGUGUUGUCGUGUCAUUGCGUUGGAGUUACCGUUUGCGUACGUCGAGCAUCGAUCACCUCCAAUUCCUGAUGAACUGCAAUUGAAAAUUAUCGGGUUUUCGUUUCCUGAGGAUGAGCAGAUGAUAAUGAAGUAUGCACAGUUCAGCAGCCGUAGUAGUGUCGACGUAAGCUCGGCGAAAUCAGUGCUUGGAAACGUGCAAAACCUGAACCAGAUUGGUAGGUGUGACUUGACCGAUUACUAGGAACAAUAAUGCUUCUAUAGAAAGAAAAAAUAUAAUGUACAGUGGCGGAUCCAGGGGAGGGCCCCCCCGCGCCCCCGCUUAUUUUUAGACCAAACUGAGGCCCGAAGAGCCGAAAAAAUUUUUUCAGACCGGCCCCCCCCCGCUAUUCUCAGGGUCUGGAUGACCGCCCCCCCCCCCCCCCUCUCCCCCGCUUAUCUGAAGGUCUGGAUCCAUCCUCGGAGACCCAGGGGCAGUUAGUCGGGUCGAUAAAAUGUUCGUGGUGAAAGUUUAGUUGUAAUUUAUCAGGCCCAUGUUCGCCCAAACGGCUUUGCGCGCUUGUGUUUUGGUUUUGAAACGAUUCUUUUAUAAUAAUAAUAAUAAUAAUAAUAAUAAUAAUAAUAAUAAUAAAGUCUUUAUUCAUCAAGAGAUAAAAAUACAUAUCUUUUGUUACAAGUAAGUGUAAGAAAUUUUAAAAAGUUAAAAAGUAAGAAUUAAAAAAUAUAUAUAUACCGGUGUAUAUAUCUAGUAUAUUACAUAGCUAAUUCAUAUUUAAAAACUAAACGAUUAAUAAAAGAGUUUUUAAAGCGCAUAGUGUUAAUCUUAGGUUUAAAACAAGUUUCUUUCCUAAGAUUGUAGCUGGAGGGUUUAACACGAGGCAUAAUAGAUAAAAGUGGCUAUCCUUUGGCAUUGGAAACUUUUCUGAAAAUUUUACGGUCUUGCCUCUCUAAAAAAUCAUAAACACUUACAGGCUUAGACAUAUAUCUAAGAAACAUUGUACGGGUGUAAGAUCGGACUCGGACGCGACGUAGACAGAUAAUGCGUAAUUAAUAUUAGGUACAACUAUAGUAUUAAAGAGAAGGUCUAUUUCUGACUGAUUGUACCCUUCUUUGCACAGCGCUCUAAGGAUAUGUAGGGACUUGUUAGCUUUAAUAAGUUUGUUUGAACAGAGAUCGUGGUUGCCUCUCUUUUUGAUCGUCAACUCUUUGCAUUUGCUUGGGUUGCAAGACAUUCCAUUAGUAUUCGUCCAAUUUAAAAACUGUGACACUAAUUUUGUCAAAUGCAGUGCCUGAUACUCAGGCUAGAGAAAGACUAGCUUUUUUCACGCUUGACCGAUCGAAGCUUACAGCGACAGAAUCUAAGAUGCCAGUAAGACUUUAAUUCUUUUCCAACUGGAGGAUGAUAUAUCGCCGACUUCGUUAAAUGUUACCGGAGAAAGUAGUUCAAAAUUUAAACUGGUUGUGAAUGCGUAUGAAUGGGUAGGUAGGUCGCACCUGCUUUGUUGAUUCUUUGUUGAGUCCGAUGAACAGAAUGAAGGUCAUAAGAUUACGAAAUGUCUAAGCACCAGGUGAGAUUUUCCUGAAGCCCGAUUCGACUGUGAAAUGUUUUGAUUCCUCAAUCUAUUAUGUUGUGUUAAUUCUUAGGAAGCUUAGGUAUGUGUUCUCGAAAGAAUACACGAGAAGUUGUGUUUGCAAAGCGUCGAAUCAGCACUUCAUACAGUCUUGUCGCUGUCUGUGGAAUUUGCGGCAAACACGCUGGCUGUAGAAUUUGCAGCCAAAAGCUUCUUUCCCAUCUCUCCAGAGAUUGAAAAAUGGGAUUCACGGAGACGAAUGUACUUCGGCAACCCACGUCGACGCGGUCUAGAUCUUCCAACCGUACGUUUCGAUGGCGCCGCCAUCGAAAGUGUUACAGUGAAACAAACACUCACAAAAACAAAAAGGCUCGAUACCAGACCAAAAUACCAAAGAAAAAUACGAAAAGAACCUGUUUAGACUUUCUUUUAAACCAGAUUUAGCGAACUGUGGAAGAUUAACAAAGAUUGACUCUACACACUGAAGGUAGCGAUUUUCAACUACGCAAAAUGUGAUUUCUGGAGUACAGGGCGCGCAAUGCAUCUAGGGUGAACAUGGGCCUUUCAAUACCUUACAAAUUCCGGGGAUUUCUCAAAUAUUUCUCGUACACAAUUUGCUUCGUUGUUCGCAAGUUCCUUCGUGACAAAUCAGAGAAACAAUUAAAGGCCGUCAACAAAGGCUGGAUCGGAUCGGAUCGGUUUGAAUUGGACGUAUUUUCGCUUUUAGUGCAGAAGAAUUAUUUUGAUAAAAUCUGUUUUUAAAAAUGACACAGGUGGCUCGGAAUGAGAAAUCCGGGUUCUCACAACAGGAGUCUAACCAAUGACUAGUCAAGACACGUUUGGACUAGUAACCAGUUCGCCUCGGAUUUUUUCUUCAGAGCCGUCUGUGUCACUAAUAAAACAAAUCGUUUCUCAUGUUUUCACCAGGCUAAAAUUCACCAUGAGCUUGAAAAUCAUUGCAAAGAAUUAUUUGCAACUGAACUGAACUCGGAAAUUUUCUGUUGCAUAACUUCAUAUGACAAUAAUUGUAAUCCAAAAAGAGGCUUGGUCACGUGACAUCGCCCGAAUCGAAGAUUGCGGAGGGAGAUGUAAGUAUCUCUCAGAGGAGACGAUUAAGAAAAUCGGGGGAAUGAGUAAAGUACGAUAGCGACGACUUGCCGUCAAUAAGCGAAUGAUUGAACUCUUCAAAUGUCAGUUACAUUAUUUUCAUUAACAAGAAGUCUUCUCACUCGUAUCUGCUUUAGCCGAGUCCGUCGCAAACGUGUCUGGACUAGUCAUACGUUAGACUUCUGUUGUGAGAACUCGGACCUCUUACUCCAAGCCACCUGUGUCAUUAUUAAAAACAGCUUUUCUCAAAAUAAUUCUUUUGCACCAAAAGCGAAAAUACCAGUCCGAUCCGAUCCGGAGUCCGAUCCGAUCCAAGAUUACUAAUGGUCUGUCCUGCAGAGGGCUAAGUUUGCCUUAAAAAUAUUUUAAAGCAUCAUGAUUUAGAUUAAACGGGUUUUAAUAUGUAGUACACAGAAAAAAGACUCUCUCCCUUACCUCUGCAACUCUUUUGUUAGUUAUUCCUUUUACCCUUUAUUAAAGCCCUGACAUCCACGUACAAAUUCUCCAAACUGACCUCCAUACAUUUCCGUAAAGAAUUAAUUGAGAGAAUUUGAUAAAAGAUCAAAGCAUUUUCCCUGAGGUGAUCAUUUUAUUAAAUCUCAUUACCUUUUCUUCUGAUAUUGUAUUGAUAUUGCAAGGAGAAAAUCGAUGUACUUGGUCACUUUUAAUGAAGAUAUUUCAUUGCCUCUCCAAGCCUAAAAGGACCAGUAUUACGACACUGUGUAGCUGGCAUGAUCAGAGUGCAGAAGAGCUUUUUGCCUCAGGGCGAGGAAGGAUUUUCGUCGUUUUGUCUCAUUCCACGAAUGCUUGAAUGCUUUUGGGGUUUUUGUUAACGGACGUGCGCAACAAAACUAAAUGGUGCAAUAAUCAAUUUUACCACAGUAUAAUGAAUCCUUUGGGAGUGUUACAGUUGCACAGUACAUUUGACAGGUUUUGACACCCCUGUGAAAACCAAAUUUUAACUGGUGCCAAUAUUUUAAUAUUGCUACAGGCUUCCGUUUGAGUGCCACAGUAAAUCACAACAGGUGCAGUUACUAUGUGACUGUCUACUUUGAUCGUGGAAAGAUAACAUUCGCCCAAUGUUCAUGUGACCAGUCAAUGACUUGGUGUGCUCAUGUUAUUGCGACAUGUUUGACAAGAUUAAAGGACAAGAACACUGUGACGAUUCGAAUGCCUGUCUCUGAUUCACUUAACUUACUGGACCAGGACCAGUUGUUAAAAUUUGCACAUUACCUUCUAUAUGAACACCAGAAUGAAGGUAUUAUUGAAACUGCACAACAGCUGCUUGAUAAGCUGUUGUCGAAAGAACAGAAAGAGCAAGAAGAAGACAUUAAUGCCAUUGCAGGGGCACCAGAUCCUACUGCUGGUCCUGGUAAGACCAUCUAUCUUUAUAAUCAUAUCAGCAGCAUUAUACAUCAGAACUAGAAGUUUGGAAAUACUAUUAAUUUUUAAAUGGUUUAAAAGUUUUAAAAAGAAUGUAUAAUAAUAUUGUAGUCAUUCUCUAGGUGAAAGGGGUACGUUUACUCUUCAAAAAGGUUCAAACUCCCAAUAAAUAUUUGUCCGCUAUGGGUGAAACUUUCAGAAAAUCCCUGUAAAGGAAUCCGGGUUCUGAAAUCACUGUGACAUUUUUGUAGCCUGAAUUUCAUCCGAUUACUUCGAGUCGUUAUUACUCCCUCAGUAACUGUUACUCUGAGGGAGUAAUAACGACUCGAAGUAAUCGCACGAAAUUCAGGCUCACAUUUUUGCUUUUGGAAUCCGGAAUCUAAGGCUUUGGAAUCUGGAAUACAGCUAAAGGAAUCUGGAAUCCAAGUUCCACUGACAAAUGAUCCUGAAACCUUCGCCUCGGCUCAAGAAUUCAAAAUUGUCUUGGAUUCUCUUUCAUGGGGCGACUUUCAUUUUUUUGAGGGAUAGUAAAUAAAACGCUUGGGGUAUCCUUUAUUUUUUUAGAGGGUUUCUUGAUUUUCCAGAUUUUUGAUAGUUGCUUUUGGAAAGGAUUCGCCUUUAUUUCAAUUUCUUUUCCAUUUGGUGGGGAUUUCUGAUUUCCAUUGACCUUGUAGUUUUUCCGAUUUCUUGUUGUCUCUGCAGUUGACCUGCAACUAAAUGCAGUGUUGAGAAAAGGGUGAUAGUUUUCUCCGGCGAAGGAGAUGUUGGGAUGGUAACUGUGCUAAAGUAGGUCAUUAGGCUUACCUUUUUUUCCUGUUUGGAGAAACAAUCAUUAAGCCAUUAACAUAUUGCCUAGCGGUGAAUGACAUUUUGUAAGAGGAAAUAAAGGAAAGCCUGAGUUUUUCCUGAGUAUUGAAACAAGUUCAACUGCAGUGCAGAGGAUUAUAGUCCCUGGGGAGGGGGUACUCAAAAAGGUUUUAGGGUCGGAUCAGGUACCCUUUUCUUGUACCUUCUAUUGACAAGUGGUACCCCUUUUAACUGCUGUAAAUGUUCUGACUUUUAAAUAUGAUUGACUCACAAAACAAGAAAGUUUUCUCGACUUUUCACAGCCAUAAAAUGCAUCUGUUAGCCCUUUUGGGCCUUUUUACAGACCAAAAUGAUAGAAUUCGCUACCCUUUCAUAUACUUCAACGAGUAAGAUCCCUACCUUUUCAUACUGACCUGAAGCCUGGAAAAGGUACCUCUUUCGGUUGGAGCCUCCCUGUAUAGGCCAUUAUAGGGAGUACCACCUCUCCGAGACAAUAGUAUGGUAUGCAUUAGAUCCGAGGCACUGAUUUUUGAUCAGUGGUUAAAGAUAACUGAACCAGUUCGUAAACUCAAAAAGCUUUUUAUCAAAUUCCCCUUAGAUGGCUCUCUUGUUGAUCUUUUUUCCGGGACUCCCUUCCUCCCCUUCUCUGUUUUUUUUAAAGCAGGAAUGGUUCAUUUCGACGGAAAGACCAGCUGCAUCCCAAACUGGUUCGAUCCUUUUCUGUUAGCAUGUCACUCCUAAAUAUGGAAAGACAAUUCAUUUAUACAUGUUAAUGUGUAUUGCCGUUUUUUAUAUUAUUAGGACUUGACGAGGAGGUUCACUGGUUUGUCUGCAAAAGCGGAUUCCAAUCCAGGUGUAAAAACUUGAUGCAUGGAUGCGAUAACGAUCCGGGCUUUUUUGAUUUCAUCGAUCGGGAUAGUGACAGGAAGGGCUUCGUUAAAGAGGUGUGGAAAAGAAACUGCUUUCAUCAGGCACUUGUCAAAGGUAAAUUAUUUGUACAUCAAUACGAUUUAUGUAUUGUGUGGUCCAGAAUAUAAUUUCAGUUUCAACAACAGCUGAGACCGAUGUUUGGCGAGAAGGUUCAUGGAUCUGACACGAGCUAAUGAAUGUUAACGUAUAAUAAUCCAGCAUGGCCAUUGGUGAGAGGGUAAAUCGACUCAUGCGGAAGCUGUACAGGAAUGAUCCCGUGGAGGAACAAUGAUAAUUCGUGGUGUCAAGGGUUUCAUGGUUUCCUAGGUUCCGUGGUGUCAUUGGUUUCAUAGUUUCAUAGGUUUCGUGGUGUCAAUGGCUUCAUAGUUUCAUAGGUUUCGUGGUGUCAGUGGUUUCAUAAUUUCAUAGGUUUCGUGGUGUCAAUGGUUUCAUAGUUUCAUAGGUUUUGUGGUGUCAAUGGUUUCAUGAGAUUAAAGAUAUUUUCUCUGCUGAUUCACUGAAAAUUAGCUUUAUAUACUUUGAAUGUUGAAGCGAGGAAAAUAGGAAGGGAAUGUCUGGUAGGAAGGAAAGUGUAAAAAGGGCCAGAGACCCCAAACUGGUAGAAGAUUACUAAAGAGGGAAAGGUUCAAUUUCUUUAUUAUAUUGCUUUAAAAAAGGCUUAAAAUUUUCAAUAGUUGGAAUAUUUCCUUUGCUUCUGCAAAGCCAAAUGUAGAAUCUCGCAAGUAACGGAACGAAGUUAAUUGCGGCUUUGUUUUUGGAAUUGUCAGGCAUCAUCAGACCCAAGACGACAAGACUGUUAAGGAGAUGGUCGUUGGAUAAAAGUUUACGAUCCUUUAGAAAGGCAAUAAGGUGUUUCCAGAAAAGUUCUAUUUUGCUGCUGAACCAGAAAGGAUGCGAGAAGUUUUCAGCUUCUUCAUGGCAAAAGGAACACCUAAUGUCAUCUUUGUAUCCCAUUUUGACUAAAGAUACGUUUGUUGCCAAAGUUUCAUGAAGGAAUCUAAACUGAAAUUCAGUCAGUUUGGUGCUUUUGGUACAUUUAAAAGCGGUCAUAUAUGCGUUAUACCAGAUUAAAUCACGAGCUCCAUUUCUCCUGACUAGAAAUUUUAUAGUUACAUUUUAAUUCCACCAGUUUUUGAUAAGCUAGUCUGCUGGGCUUUUUUCGAUUUUAAAAAGGCGGUUGUGAAAGACUCUUGUUCUUUACAGUUUAGUGGUACAUCUGGUAGUUUUUUAUUUUUCCAGAGCUCUCGGAGGGUAGAUGUCAUUCCAUAGAAUGUCAAAGGGCAAACCUUUGUAUGAUACUUUUUUUUCAAAUUCUGUUGGUGACGAGAAAGUACUUGGUUUUUCCUUAACGAUUUGAUUCACCUGAGAAAGGCCCAUUUGAUACCAACUUUUAUAGAAGACCAGUUUGUCCAUAACUCUAAUCAAAGAAUUAUACCACAGGCUUUGUGUGAGGAAGGACUCCACCGGUUCUAUUGAACCUUGAUAGUUUAAUUCAGACCAUAUCUCGAGAAUCUCUUUCAGAAAGGGACUAAGAUUGUCAGCAAGCUUCUUCGAGUCUUUUAUGUCAAGGUUGCCCCUAAAAACAGCGCUCAGUGAUAUUAGCGAAGAGAAUAUGAGGGAUGUCGAGAGAGGGGCUUUCUCUGUUGUUUACGGAAACCCAGAAGCUUGGUUGAAGAUCGAUCGGUGGAGGAAAUGUUAGCGAGUGACAUGUGCAGUUAGUAUGUGGUCCUUGGUCCGCGACUUUUCCCGGCAUGAUUAAAUAUUUCGUCGAGAAAUAAAAUACAAUGAACAAUGAAACGUUCAAUGAUUUAUUGAUUAUAAGCAUUAUUUUUUCUUUGAAGGAGCGAGAUUAAAGUUUGUUGACAGGUAGGUUAAUUUGUAGUUCUAGCUGGAAGUCUGGACUUCGGCGGCACCGUCGUCAUGUUUACUUAGCUUGUGAAUAGACAAAACGCAACACUACCUAUGAAACCACGAAACCAUAGACACCACGAAACCUAUGAAAGCAUGAAACCAUUGACACCACGAAACCUAUGAAACCAUGAAACCAUUGACACCACGAAACCUAUGAAACCAUGAAACCAUUGACACCACGAAACCUAUAAAACCACGAAACACAUGAAACUAUGAAACCAUGAAACCACGAAACCUAUGAAACCAUGAAACCAUUGACACCACGAAACCUAUGAAACCACGAAACACAUGAAACUAUGAAACCGUGAAACCACGAAACCUAUGAAACCAUGAAACCAUUGACACCACGAAACCUAUGAAACCGUGAAACCAUUGACACCACGAAACACAUGAAACUAUGAAACCAUUGACACUACGAAACCUAGGAAACCACGAAACCACUUUCACCACGAAACCAUGAAACCCUUGACACCACGAAACCUAUGAAACCAUAAAACCAUUGACACCACGAAACCUAUGAAACCCCGAAACACAUGAAACCAUGAAACCAUUGACACCACGAAACCUAUGAAACCAUUAAUACCACGAAACCUAGGAAACCAUGAAACCACUGACACCACGAAACUAUGAAACCAUUGACACCACGAAACCAUGAAACCCUUGACACCACGAGACCUAUAAAACCAUGAAACCACUAACACCGCGAAACCUAUGAAACCAUAAUACCAUUGACACCACGAAACCUAUGAAACCAUGAAACCAUUGACACCGCGAAACCUAUGAAACUAUGAAACCAUUGACACCACGAAACCUAUGAAACCUUGAAACCAUUGACACCACGAAACACAUGAAACUAUGAAAUCAUUGACACCACGAAACCUAUGAAACCACGAAGCACAUGAAACUAUGAAACCAUUGACACCACGAAACUUAUGAAACCAUGAAACUAUUGACACCACGAAACCUAUGAAACCAUUGACACCACAAAACCUAUGAAAACACGAAACACAUGAAACUAUGAAACCAUUGACACCACGAAACCUAUGAAACCAUGAAACCAUUGACACCACGAAACCUAUGAAACCAUGAAACCAUUGACACCACGAAACUCAUGAAACCAUGAAACUAUUGACACCACGAAACCUGUGAAACCAUUGACACCACAAAACCCAUGAAACCACGAAACACAUGGAACUAUGAAACCGUGAAACCACGAAACCUAUGAAACCAUUGACACCACGGAAACUAUGAAACCAUGAAAUCAUUGACACCACGAAACCUAUGAAACCAUGAAACCAUUGACACCACGAAACCUAUGAAACCAUGAAACCAUUGACACCACGAAACCUAUGAAACCACGAAAUACAUGAAACUAUGAAACCAUUGACACCAAGAAAACCUAUGAAACCACGAAACACAUGAAACUACGAAACCAUUGACACCAAGAAACCUAUGGAACCACAAAACACAUGAGACUAUGAAACCAUUGAAACCACGAAACCUAGGAAACCAUGAAACCACUGAUACCACGAAACCAUGAAACCAUUGAGACCACGAAACCAUGAAACCCAUGACACCACGAAACCUAUAAAACCAUGAAACCACUGACACCGCGAACUAUGAAACCAUGAAACCAUUGACACCACGAAACCUAUGAAACCAUGUAACCAUUGACACCGCGAAACCUAUGAAACUAUGAAACCAUUGACACCACGAAACCUAUGAAACCUUGAAACCAUUGACACCACGAAACACAUGAAACUAUGAAACCAUUGACACCACGAAACCAUGAAACCCUUGACACCACGAAACCUAUAAAACCAUGAAACCACUGACACCGCGAAACCUAUGAAACUAUGAAACCAUUGACACCACGAAACCUAUGAAAGCAUGAAACCAUUGACACCGCGAAACCUAUGAAACUAUGAAACCAUUGACACCACGAAACCUAUGAAACCGUGAAACUAUUAACACCACGAAACCUAUGAAACCAUGAAACCAUGAUUCCAUGAUACUUUCAUUUUAUGACAUAGACAUUGCAUAUACUAAUUAGCAUAAAUUCGUGCACCGUAACUCCAAGUAAUAACCGCCUCCGCCAACGUGAAUAAACACUGCUUUUGUCACACUUGACUAAACACGACUAACGUCAAACUCUCUCGCUUUUGAAAACUAGUUAAAACUUGACUCGGACUAGCCUACUUAUAUACUUUCACAAUAACAUUCUAGAACUUUCCAAAUAGUCUAAUUAUAGAAAGAUUACAAAAUAUACCGCUUUUAGAAACGCUUACACGAGAUCCUAUAAUAAACAAACUAUGAACUCUCGCGAAGCUUCUAGAAAGUCACGCUAGUCACGCAAUACAAUUUUUCGUAACACAGUCCUAAACAUUUUUUUAGAUUAAUGUUGCUUAGAUCUGACUUACGAAAUGCUGUACUCUUAAACGUUGUUAUUGUACUAGGUCACUUUGCAUUCAAUGGUUAGCCGGCGGGUGUACUUCCUUUUAUGGCCAGUACGGGGAUGUGCCGCUGGACAGAGCAUUGUCAGAGUACAGAAUCUAGACACACUAGACACAAACGAGCCAUUAUUAAAAAGCAUUUAAUUUCCGCAAAUCGUAACAUUCAUCCUACAUCAUUCGAAUAAGGACACCAGGAGAGUUCAAGCUUUCCUUGUUAGAUCUUAUAACAGGUCGACACAACACGUGGUUCUCCGUCCUUGUCUAACGCGCAAUCUUAAAAAAGUAAUAGUGGCUUCCAUAUUUGGGCCAACUUAAUCAAACAAGGCCUGGAAAGAUUCAAAAUGUUUACUGCAAAUAAACAAAAAACGUCACCAGUGGCAAACCGUCGAACCACAACAGAAACAUAAACGCAAAAUCCAAUUAGUCGCUGGCCAAUACCUUCGUAUGUAUCUGAUGUUAUAACACUCACUUGGGGUCUUACACUGAGCCGGCUGGGCAUUUGGCCCAUUAUUCUCACUUGAUUUGGUCCCACAUAGGAACAAAAGGAGUACCCAUCCCAUCUUAAGACAAUUUUUUUCUUAAGGAGUCCUCUAAAACAAAUACCGUGGGGAUAGUAAAAAAUUAUCCUUCCCUGCGUAUAUACAAUUCGUAAGACCUUGCAAUGGGAUUAUUACCCUGACGCAGAAUCAGCUUAGAGGGAGCCCGUCAUUUAAAAGCGAAAGAAGCACCUCACUCACGAUAGCUACGAGGAAAAACUGUUGAGGAUCUAGGCCAAUACCGCGAACAGGUCUGUCAGGUUUUUGUAGGAAAGCAGAAAAUAAGAUGUCAGAGGUGAAUGAUGACCAGUAUCGCGCAAAAAGGGAAACCGGGGAAGCGACAAACUAGUGUCUACAAAAAAACCGAACCCUGGAGUCGCUAUUUUUAGAAACAACUCGUGGAUAUGCGAAGCGUGUUUUGACAGAUAUCAUUUCAAGUUAGAUAGAUAGAUAUUCUGUUUAUUUCACCCACUUGCAGCAAUAACUGAAUUGUUGGGGAAGGUCAUUGUCACAUACAAUUAACCAUUUACAUACGUUCACUGAAAUUUAUAAGUUACAAAGUCAUUAAUUCUUCUGGUAUGACCAUGUUGACGUCUUGGAAGUUGGACCCUCAUACUGUAAUGAGACUCAAAAGCGGCAGGGGAGGGGAUGAUGUUCUUAAGGGGGGACAUUUGGCGUGCAGUAGCCAUAAACCGCUUACAAGCUCCUACUCUCCUUUCACUAAGGGACUCCAGGCCGGCCAAGACCAAGGCUUCCGCGUAGUCUACCCGGCCAAAUAUUAUUUUGAGGGCUUUCCGCUGUACAGACUCAAUUAAUUCAUCAAGAUAUAAAGGGAUCGCAGCCCAAACUGGCGAGGCGUACUCAACAAUGGAUCUAACAAUACUACAGUAGACUAACACGAGAUCGUUAGUGCCCAGUCCAACUCUCUUGAGGGUCCGCAGCACAAACAAUCGCUUAGUAGCUUUUUUAUGGAUACUGUCACAGUGUUCGUUCCAAGAAAGGUCAUUAGAGAUAAUAACCCCUAAGAGUUUAUAACUAGAUACUCUAUCAAUGACAAUACCAUUAAGCUGAAUCGGCGUUAUAACAGUGGGUUGGUACUUCAAAAAAUUGAUAACCAUAUCUUUACAUUUUUUCUCAUUAAGCCGCAUGUUACGCAUGGAAGCGUAGGUUAAAAUAUUAUUUUCUUUUAUCACAUUAAUUCUCGAUUUUCUAAGCAAUCUACCCAUGAAUUCCCAAUAGUUUUUACUUUGACUGAAAUAAGCACCUGAUGGUUCUUACAUUUACAAUAAAAUACAAUAACUUUAUCUAACGAGGGAGACGUAAUAACAGUUUAACUAACUUACGGCCCUCUAAAACAUAGUAGAGGGAAAAUAAACAAAAUCAUAAAUAAUAAGCAAAAUGUUCAAGUCAAAUAUACUAUGUACUAAGAAUCUCAUGGGUCUAUGAUAUUGUACGUUACAAUAACAAAAAUUGCACGUAAUAUAAUAUAUAAAUCGAUGAAAAAAAUUUAAAUAUGUAUAAAGAACUUAAUGGGGGAUUGACAAGGUAAAACGCUUUCUUCAAGUUAACCAAUAUAGGAAAGUCAGUAUCUCGUUUGUUGUUUAUCAGUGUUUUCCCAACUUAGUUUUAUGGCAGUGGUUUUAAUUUUAUUUGAAAUAGAUGAAAUGGACCUACAGCUUGAUGAUGGUCGCUAUGGUCCCUCAUCCUCUCAGCAAACAAACAUUCUUCAAGUUCUGGAAACCAUAGCAGAUAUGCUUCAGGAUGAUUUCAUGAGUGCCGUGUCAGCUCUGACAAUAUUCACUGAGCAGCUGAUUGAGCAUGUGCUGAACCAAGUACACCGUCGAAGGGAUAGAUACAAGUAUCGUAGGUUAAAGUCAAGAAAGCAGGAACCUAAUUUAAAUUUCAAACUUUCUGGAUCUCUAGCAGGAGGCUUUACUCCGAGACUUUCGAAGUAAGUGGGAACCAAAAAUUGUGUUCUUGGUGAUUACCAUGGUUGCUUUUUCUUUGUUAGACGAGUUAAAGUUUUGCAUUUGCUAGGAAAUCUCCAUGCCAUUAAAAAUUAUCAGCAUGUAAAAUAAUUUUGGUUAUCAAUCAUUAACAACUACCGGGUAAGAUUUGAAUUUUAAAAAAAUGCACCUUAUUUUAGUUUCAAUGUAUUUAGCACCAAACUACUAACUGGGGACACUAUUUUCACGUCUCCUGCUGGAGACGGGACCGGCAUGUUACGUGGUCAUCCUAGCCUCGUGAAGGUCUCGCCGUUUGCAGGGCAAAGAAAAUACCUUCUUUUCUCAUUCAUCUUAAGACCCUGAGUACUGGUCCGGCACAGGAAAUUGGAACCCGUGGCCUCCCGCUCUGCAGUCAAGCACUCUACAGACUGCACAGCUUAUCCUGCUGCGGUUAAAAGAUAUUAUUUAAUAUUGCGUUUCAUCUUAUUAAGUUGUAGCGUGGUCAGCGAUGAAAUAUCUCGGCUUUGGAGAUUAGCUGUUCUCAGUCCACGAAUUACAGCAGUAGGGGAUGAAGGAAUUUUUGAUGCGCUAAGGACUUUAAAUGAAAGAGGUAUUAUCUUUAAAAGGAAGACAUAUGUGUGCAGUGCACUCUGCCCUCUCAAACCUGUAUGUUGUUAACCAGGCAACUGGCAUGCAAUUUUGUAAACAAUUUUCAAAUUUCAGAUUUCUGGCAAAAAUUAUCUAUAGCUUGAAUAUAGAAAUAUUUGCUAUGGUAAGCAGUCAGGAUUUGGGAUCUUCAGGGGGCAAACAUUGCAAGUCGGUAGAAAAUACGUAUGGCGUAGUUUCUCCGUUUAAAGUAGAUUUUUGACAAAGAAUAAGUUAUUAAACCAUUUUCGCAAUGAUUUUGUGACAAACUUCAUGUAAGGUGACUAAUGUUGAUACGUGAAGAUUGUUUUGUUUUUUUUUCUCUGUCAUAGAAGGAUGUUUACGGUAUCCAACUUGGGCCGGAAAAACAAUAUAUUAGAGCAUAUCUUGAGUUUUUUGUGUUCUGUUUCAAAACUUGCAAGCCGGUGUAAUGAGCCUAUAAAAACGAAAAAGAUUAAGCAUCGCUAAGCAGUGUUCUUUCGAGAAAGAAAGUUUGGAAUCAAACGCAAAGCAAUCUACAGCACAAUCUACGCGAAGAAACGAGUCAUUUUAAGUCUGGAGUUUCUGGGAAUUCCUGUGAUACACAAAAUUCCCAUCUAAUACAUGUCUUUUGUUUUUGUGGUUUGCUUUUAGUUUCUGAAUCUCUUGUGACUGGUCAAUUGCACCCAUGGAAUGGCCUGGAAGUUGCAAUGAAAUUAUCCUCCAUAGACUGGAAAUUACCAGACUUUCAGCAAGUGCUUAAAGGAGAAUGGACUUCCAUUCCUGUUGUAAACAGCUGUAUGGCUAUCCAGUUGACCUGCCAAUCAAAGAAUGCAUAUGUGUCUGAGUUGAUGGCUCUGGAUCAGUGCACCAAUGAUGUAACUGCGAUUACAAGUACAAAAGGUGAUUCAAACAUCACACUUUCAUUUUACAACCCUCACUGCAUUGCAUUCAGCACUCUUUGCAGCAUUGAUAUUCACUCAGUAUGUUCCAUGAUCGAAGCUCUGAAAGUCGCUGGUGACCACCAACCUGCCGUGCACCUCGCUGUGGCAAUAUCAUAUGCUCUUGUUUCAUUCUACAAGAAGGUUCUCUUUGGAAUUUGUAAUGUCUCUUCAAUGCCCGUGUCUGCUAAAUGCACGCUGGGAACAGCACCGUAUCAAAGUGUAACAAAGUCAGGCAGUGACCAGGAAUCUGAUUUUCCAAAAGAAAUAUAUGUUUCCAGCGACAAGCCAUGCACCAGUUCCAUUUGGCCAGAUGAUACACUUUUGGCGAUGAGUACAUUUGCAUUCCUUUUUGAGUUGUUGUCACAAAAGCCUGACUUAGUUGAUGCAUCCAUUGCAGAAAUGAGAACCAAGCUAAGACUUGUUAGUUCUUCGGCCAACAGUGCUCUUGACUGUCCCAAGACAGCAAUGUCUCUGAAAUUUCAGUUAGGAGUAGUGGGAUUGUGUCUGCAGAAGUUGCCUGCAUCAUCUUUACAUCAUGAGGUAUGAAAAGAAUAAUAUUCUGCUUUUUCACUAUCCCAUAAUGUCUCGCGCCUUGAGGGGGUAAAGAUGAGUCAAAACUAACCCGGCUGCCUGAGAGCAAGACCUAACAACAAAGUUAAAGUCCUUCAAAGACGUUAGAAAAGAUUUUUUGGAAAGAAAGCUCAUAUUAAUGUAAUGCUAUAGGAAUCUCAACAUCUGCAACAUCUAUGGUCGCCGAGAAUGAUGACGUGAUGAAGUCAGACAUAUCCACUUCGCAGAUACCUUCGAUUGCUGUAAAUGAACAUUAGAGAGAAGCACGAAGCAACGCUCGGAGUGUCGCUCAGCAAGAAUAUUUUUUUCCCCACAUUAAUUUACAGGUUGAGCACAAUAUUGGAAAACAAUCCGGUUUACCCCGCAAAGCGCAAAGCGUUAUGGGAUGAGUGAAAAAAGAGAAUUGGUCAUUUACAUGUGUAGUGCAUUAUUAAGUUUCUUUUAUUUAAAAUGUCACAACUAAAGAACAAGAGCGUACAAGCCAGAAACGUUAACAAAUAAAUAUGACACAGAGAAAGAGGACAAUGCUGUAAGAUAAUAUAGUGGUUGGGGGCCAGAUUUCAACUGUAGGCCUGUUCCAGUGGUCCCCAUUCUCAAUCAACUGCCUCAUGAUGAGUGUCCGUUGAUCAACGGUAUCCUACGGUGCUAUCGUUAUUCUACUUUCUUGAAUUCUAGUUACCGGAUAUAAUUUGGAGUGGCAGAGUUUGGAAUAUAUUUUUCAAGUGACGUGUAGUUUUGGCUCUUGCGUGUAUGACAACACGCAAAGUGACCCAUAGAAUAUUAUUUUUGUACCAUGACGUAGCUUAAGGAAAACUGCGGAACUAUUUUUCUAGCAUAAUAGAAUUUAGUAUAAUAUGAGGCCCAAAUUUUAAGGCUUAGAUUUUAUGAUGGGUUCAUUUCGUAAUUUUUGGUUUAUUUUUAUUUCUAUCUAUAGUUUUUUUUUCCUAGGUGACUCUCCUUGACAAAACUGUUGCAUCAGUUCCUGAAAUAUGACCGUACUGGAACUGUUUGGAGUGAAAGUUAAAAUUGGAUCUGGAAUGUUAAAUGUACAACUUCACUAAAUACACAAACUUUUAUUGAUUGUUUGGUUGGUGUUAGAAUGUCUUUUUUGUGGCUUUUCUGUACUCUGACUGAUCAAUAAAAUGUGAUUUGGGAUGAAAUCAAAUUAUAUCGUAUGUCCAAAUUUCAGUAAGGAAGUCAAUGGGACAAAAGAAAACAAUUAGCUUACUUCUCGGUACUUUUUUGGUUUCUUUUUACAGGUGGAAGAGUACCAUUAUGAAUGCUGGCUAACGUACCAACUGAUCUGCUGUGGUCCAGCAGAUGCUGACCUAUCGUUCCUCACACAUCUUGGACAACAAGUUUGUAAGGGUAUCGCCAGGCCCAGUUUAGUACCCCAGUCAUCGCUAUCACGGGUGAUAUUCCAUCACCUGUUUAAGAGUGCACCUGCAAUACUAAGCAAUACUCUGUCCGAACAACCAAAUGUUGGUCUGAAAGUAGCGCUAAAUGUCCUGUCUCAUGUCAAAAAGUUCACUGUCAGAGAUAGCUCUUUCACCUGGAUGCUUUUUGAGUAUGCAAAUUGUAGACUUUGGGCUAAGCUAGCUGAGGUUGUUCUUCUCUCGCUGUCUGAUUCUUCAGAGCUUUUGGGUGAAGGAAUGAGUCACAUUCUUCAUCCCGAAGGGAUGUUUGGUGCCAAGUCGAUGGAAAAGACAUUAAUUGACUGCAGGCCAUCUAAUGUUCUGUCACGCUUGCGGCUCACUGAGUUGAUAUCCGAAAAGUCCUGCGUGGCAUAUUGUCUAGGACUGGUGCUUAGCGAGAAAAAGGGUAACUCGAUAGGAAGUACACAGUAUAAGGUACAAAAAGUUCAAGGCUCCAAGAUAAAAGGAGAAAGUUCCGAGCUGGACAUUCCUAGGAAGAUAAUGAACUCUGGAGCGGAGAAGGCUUUGAAGCUCUGUGCUCUUCAGAUUGUGGUGCAUAGUCUGUGGUUGCAGAGGUUUGCUGAUGAAGGUCACUAUUUUGCCAGGUACGUGUUUUGAUCAACUCUCAGUUUAGCCUCAGUAAAGCAACAAAAUACUGCUCGCCAACUGUGAACAAUUACCCGGGGGUGAAUUUGACAGGUUUUUAUUGGUGACAGGCUUUGACAGGCUAGUCAAAGGUACAGAGUACAGGGUACCUUUGGUUCUAUAGUCUGAAAAACAACACCAGCACCAGCUACACUGGUAAAUCACACUUGCAAAAGUUUUAUUGAAAUGAACACCAUGGUUAAAGAAAUCGCGUCUUGAAAUUGCAGCAAGUCUUAUAGGGAAAACAUUCAAUCCUUGGAAAGCACGGUAAUAUGCACAACACAAUUGGAUUGAAAUGGAACCCACUUAUUUUACAAUCCAAAUUGAAAAGAUGAAACCGCUUUCAGAGGUGACAACCCUCUACCUCCUCUGCCCCACCGUGCUUAGAGAUAGAGGAAAUGGGAAGGUCCUUCACUGGGAAACCUGGCCACCAGUUACCAUGGGUUUAAAUUUUUUAAUACUUAAUUUCAUAUUGAGUGCUGUUGCUGACUUAACGUUUACUUUUAUUGUUUACCAACAAAUCUGAUAUCCAUUGCAUUUAGUGCCUCGUGGCUAACAGACCUUGUUGCCAGUUCUGGAGUUGAAAGCCUGGAAUACCUUGUUAAUUACAAGGGAGAUGUCACAACUAUCCUCAAACAAGACGACCUGCUGGAUCUCUGCGAGAAAGUUCUCAAAGUAAGCCAAUGGAUUUUGAAAGAAAUGCAAGGAUUGGGACAAGGAAUUAUUACUUCCUGUUAUGACCUCGGGUUUCUUUUAUUUUGUAAUGCUUCGAAUGUUUCUUCUUUACAACAAAGUUGUGGAUUGUCAAAAUUUGGUUAAAAAUACCUUUGCUAAUCUAUAUAUUCAAGUCAUUUCACCUGAAAUCCAGCCCUGCGGUGCCCUUGCAAGAAAAUUGCAUUUAUUUGUUACCUUUGUGCUUGCGUGUUUGUUCUUUUGCCCUUUGAUCACUGUAAAGCUGAUUUUAUAUUGGAAAGCGGUAGUUGUCAUAUCAUUUUUUUAUUGUCCGGGUACGCGAGAGUCGAAAGUCCUUUUCCCCUUCUGUAGUUGCCUAUCAUUCUGACCCCAGUUUCUCUACACAAAAAAAUUCGUCAAGUGUGACAAAUAUCAUGACUGUUGUACUUAGGAUUGAAAUAAUGUUCUCAUUUAUCAUUCGCAGAAGGUUCAGCCGGAGACGCAAGUGAAACCCAUUGUUCAAAACAUUCUUCUCUCGUUGCUACAAAAAGCCAGUCAAGUUCAAGCGGAAGACAAAAUGAGGAGCAUCAUAUCUUUUUGCAAGUAUGUACUACAAGCUAACGUUUUGUAGAAUUUCAGGAACUGAGUAUCCUGUGAACCUCUAAGUGCCCCCAACUACAAGUGACAUGUGAUGGGAGACGCUUUCUAGAACUAGUUGGCGCUUUAUAAUCAGUAGAAGAGUACCUGUAGGUAUUGGAGAGAUUCUUGCAGCAAUUACACAAAACUAAGCCUUGAUUUGGGUCCACUUGAAUGCUAGAGUUUUGCCUUGCUUGUUACACGAUGAGGUAGAAUACGACGUCACCUCUUUCUUGUACUGCCGUGUUCUUUUUAUUCUUUCCCAAGAUUUCAGGUAAAGAGGGCCUUCAGGUUAUCGUGCACUAGUUAAUUUAGAAACAUACUCCAUUUGAUGCCAUUUUUGCUAAAUGAACAGGGUUGAAAACUGUUGAAUAUUGGUAUUGCCCCAAUUUAUAUUAUAGAGGUUCCCUCUCUGUGAAGUAAAAAGUAAAAUCGGUUUUAAACUUAACUUCCUUAAAGCCUUAGGUUCAGUAGAUCUUAGAGAAAUGUAAAAUCGUAAUUAUAAUUGAAGUUAAAGGAAGACGUCUUCCGGCUAAAGCAUUACCUAAAAUAUAAGUAAAUGUUUAAUAAUAUAAUGGGUCACAGAAAUAUGCAAUUUCCUUUCACAUGUUAAUUUAACUCUAUACGUGAAUAAAUUCCUGAUCUGGGCUUCUGUUCGUUACAGAGGCACAUGAGAAAAACAAAACCUGUUCUUAGUAAGUAGUGAUUUUUAAAUCUUCCAACUGGACAACGGAAUACUCGAGUGCUGUUGGUUUUGAAUGACUGAAACACCUCGGACCACUUUCAUUAUCAAUAGCAUACGUUUUCGUGGCUUUGAGAACGGAUUAGUUUAUGUGAUUCUCUGCUCUUAUUGAGAUUGGUUAGUAAUUUUAAUUUGGUUAUGGUUUUUGAACGCACUCUAUAAGUAGAAAAAGACGGCAGGCAAACCAAUUCCAUUUCUCAACACACACAAAUUCGAACUCAAAUCUCUAUUUCAAAGUUCACUACUUUACAAUAACAAAAACACUCUUCUUCCUUAUUCUAGUCUUAGGAAGGAGAAUAAAAAGUGGUUUCCAGUGUCUUCAAGUUCUUGUGUGUAAUUUCUCGUACAAUGACAUUGACUGGGUUGGACUGUACAACUCCCAUGCGCUGUCGUCGUGCUUUAUCCGAUGGAUAGCGCUAUCCAAUGUUUGAACAACCGGGGUUACUAAUUGUCAUUUCUUUCCAAAAAGGGGGAUUUAUUCGGUCCUUACAAUACUACUUCUACACGUAUUUUUUUUAAUGCCAUCUACAACCUUAGGAUGUUGAACCACUUGACAACAAAAGGGUCGUGAUUUUCAAAACCUUGUUAAGUUUCAUCUGGACUGUGUGUACUUAAACGAGCGCCCUGGUGCUUAUUGAUUUUUUAGACUUAUCAAUUUGAGGGAGGUACUAGUUAGGGGAGGCGCUUGUUUUGGCAAUGUAUUAAUUUUAGCAAAUAGAGGUAGUACGUAAUCUAAACAUUUCUUUCUUUGUUUACUGUUCGAAAAGAACAAACGAAGAAUAUCAUAAAAAUUAGUUUUUCGGGAUAAUUAUCAAAACAAAUGAAUUAACCAGCAUUAGCAAGGUCAAAAAGUUUCACAUCAAUAAGCGCCCCAUUUGUUUACUAAGCAAUGUGCUCAUUCUAGCUUAAGGUUUUGUAGAGUUCGUCAAUAGAUAUAACACUUCGAGGAUCAUUACUUCACCUACACACAUUUGGACACGCAUUUCUAAUAAAUAGGGGAAAUCGAUGUGCACCUCAACUGGAUUUAGUGCCGUGGAUUUGUACUGGACUUCAAAAUCUUCAUAGCAGCAACUCAUUUGUUCCGUUCCAAGUGCUCAUCGAUGCCAGCAAUGGAGUGCUGGCACAUUACAAGAAAAGGCUGGCUAAAGCAGAAAAAGACCUUUCAGAAGAGAAACUGUGGAAAACUAAUCUGUUCAUUACAGGACUUAAACCAGGGACCACUAAUGAGGAUUUAAUUGACAUGUGUAGUAGGUGAGUACAGAUUUUGUGAGUACAUUCACACCAGAAAUCAGAUAUCUGUUGACCGCCAGAGAGGCGCUUGAAGUAAAGCCUGAAGUGACUUCUGAUACACUGCUAGACAUUUCUUCUCGUAUUUUUAUGGUGUUGUAAUAUCAAUGUUGAAUUGUCGGUGUCAGUGUUUGAACUGUCAAUCUUUGAAACCCUUUUUAAGGCCAAAUGUUAUUACAUUUAGGGUGAAAUGUUAUUUAGGCCUUCCUCACAUGUUACUAUAGUCCCUUACGCAGCCGUUUUUGUCUCGUCACGCAACGCUCCUCUCCAAGGUACUCAAACUAUCUGAGAAUUGUCUUCAGUUUGUUUAAAACGUAUUAUGCAGGUUUAAACAUUGGAGAAUAAAAGUCUGUAAACAAAUUGCAAUACAGCCUCUUCCAUCAAACCAUUCACUGAAGGCUUGCUAUGUGCUGUAGUUAAGAUCGAUCAUGCUCAACCUACGUAUGAGUUAAGAUCGAGUCAUGGAUGUUCCCGGGAAGUUUCGAGAGCACAAGUGAACUCUACGCCCCGAGUAACUGUAGGUUCUUGAGUGCCCUUCGAACUAUACCCAAGUGACAUUUCUCGACACUUUAUGCUCCACAGUUAUGGAAAUAUUAUCUCAACAAAGGCUGUUUUGGAUGGCGAAACAAAAAAAGGUAGACCAAAUGCUUUUCUUUUGCAGCUUCUUGCCUAUGGCAUAAGAUCAAUAAUGGACAAAGUCUGAAGAUAAUGAAAGAUAAUUUGAACAAAUCGAACGAAUUCCUGAUGAAAGCGCGCAGCACUAGUUCCUGUUUCGCAAUCUAGUCUUGUCCAGGGAAAAUUUUGGAAGAAUUUUUUUCUUCACUGACAAGUCUGUUUAUUGCUCUAUUGUUAACAAACAGCCAACAUAUUUCGUCAGAAAGUUAUGGAAUCUGGUUAUUUUGCCUAAAUAGCCUUACAGAUAACGUUUUGAAAAAAAAUUCGAAAACCGACCGGGCGUGUUAACUUCAGCUUUCUCUGGAAGAUCCCUUACCACUCACUCGUCCACGAACACCUCUCGAGCGAACUUCAAAGAAGCGACUAAUCAGAACAACUUUUGAUGUCUUUACUGAUACUAAACAGAGAAGACCUUGGCCCAAUGUUCCCCAUUCUCGUUGCCAGAGCUGCGAUUCACUUUGUCAGCUCCGCGGAUCGAUCGCUGAACAAAAGGAUCGCAGUUCCUUAGAGCUCUCUAGGCGGAAGAGCUCUGGGUCGAGAUAAGGAAAAAGGAAUGGUAAUUUUGCAUUUUGUGCAUGCUCAAUCUUCCAACUGUCAUCAACCAUUUGGGGAAAAAAGCUGAUGUAGUGCUCUACUUAUAAACAACAUUUUGGACAGUCUUGCUUCCUCAUUUCGUGGCCAGGUAGUGACCAGAAAACUGCUCUGUUUUAUUCAAACGGUAUUUUUCGGAAAAUUUCACGGGACGAGAGGGUUGGAAAACGUGACCUUCAAAUCACUGAAUCUAGCUGUGAGGAUUCACGCAGUUGCAAUAGUAAUCAGUCAUUGUAUCGAAGUUUAAUGGUGGCCUCUAAUUUUUAACAGGAUACGGAUUCGUGGAUUUUGAGUCUUCAGCUGAAGCCCAAAAAGCAUUAAAGGCCUUGAGACGCAGAGGAUUUCACGCCCAAAUGGCAAAGGUGCAGGCCUUUGUAAAUAGGCAUUGUGUCAACUUCUCAAACUUGUCCCCGGGGCUUCCCCCUUUAAUAUUUUCACUUCCAUAAGUAGUGGUGUGCCAGCAGUUUUUUGGGGGCAGCAAAAGGACAGUAAACUUCAAUAAAUAGCUCACGAAUAAAAUGUGCGGGAAACUUGUUUAAUUUAUGCUGACCAUGUUCAGGCAAGUACUAGUAUGACGUCAUAACACCUUAAGGUCCAUUUGACAGUUUAGCAAGCCCAUUAGAAACGGCUAAUGUCUUCUAUUUAGCGCUAAAAAUUGGAUAUAUAUAAACAAAAAAUACACAUACACGAAGUAGAGCUGAAAACUCUUUAUGUCAAUUUCGUCUGACUAUUACAAAACCGUUUUCUCCUUUCUAUCUCAAGGAAACGACUAACUAUUGAAGUUAGUCAGUGUUUCACGCGCAGGUAGUCAGUUAAUUAUACGAGUUAUUAGUUCAGCUCAGUAAUAACCCCAAUUGCACAAGAAAAAAAACAAUUAAUAACUUAACAAGGAUCAAUUGAAACACACAACUAAUCAAUAAACACUCCCAAUAAAAUGAGACACCUUUCUUAAGACACAAGAACUCAACUUUAUGACCCUUUAUUAACAUAAUUGCAAAAAAAAUAGAUUAAAUAUUCUAUUGAAAUAGUCAAAGAAGGCAAGCCACCUCAUUUAUUCUAUAUAUUUUCCAUCCACAAAAAAAUCGACCUCAUAUCGACCCCAGACUCAACUUUUUUUUCAACACAGCUUCGUGCCACAUUUCUAUUGUUUUUCCACCACCAUCACAUUUCUGUAGUUUUCUCUCCACCUCCAUCACCACAUGUACAUUUCUAUUGUUUCCCUCCAUCACCACCACUGCCACCAAAUUUCUAUUGUUUUUCUCCACCACCGCCACCACAUUUCUAUUGUUUCCCUCCUCCACCACCACCGCCAGGUUUCUAUUUUUUCUCUCCGCCACCACCACCACCACUACCCCAUUUCUACUGUUUUCACUCCUCCUAUUGUUUUGUUAUUUAGAAGGUCACAGGCCAGACACAGGCCAAAAAACCAACCUCAAGCUAAAAAGGCCAAACUCAAAUAACAAAUAAUAGGAGGAGUGAAAACAAUAUAAAUGUGGUGGUGGAGGUGGUGGAGGAGGGAAACAAAAGAAAUGUGGUGGUGGUAGAGAGAAACAAUAGAAAUGUCUUGGUGGUGGUGGUGGUGGUGGAGGGAAACAAAAGAAAUAUGGUGGUUGAAGGAAACAAUAGAAAUGUGGUGAUGGAGGUGGAGAGAAAACAAUAGAAUGUGGUGCUGGUGGAAAAACAAUAGAAAUGUGGCGAUGGUUGUAUACAGUUUCACUAUUCACGAAGCUGUGUUGAAAAAAAAAGUUGAGUCUAGGGUCGAUGUAGGGUCGAUACGAGGUCGAUUUUUUUGUCAAUGAAAAUACCGUAUAUAGAUUAAAUGAGGUGGUGGAGGAGGAGCGAGCACAAUAAAAUUGAGGAGGAGGGAAUGAAAAAAAAUCGAGGACGGAAAAUAAUAAAAUGGUGGAGAAGGCGGAAAAUAAAAAUGAAAGGGGGAGGGAUAAGUAAAACAUUGUGGGCAGUGUAAAAAAAAAAGAUAGCUUGCCUUCUUUGACCAAUUUAAUAGAACAUUUAAUCUAUUUUUUUGCAGUUAUUUUAAUAAAGGGUCAUGAGUUUGAUUUCUUGUGUCUUAAGAAACGUGUCUGAUUUUAUUGGGAGUGUUUAUUAAUCAUUUGCGUGUUUCAAUUGAUCCUUGUUAAGUUAUUAAUUGUUGUUUUGUGCAUGUUUUUAUAAUAAUACGUCAAGGUUCUCAAAUUGGGGUUAUUACUGAGCCGAACUAAUUUGUAUGCAAUUGUGGGCAUGUUAACUCGCAUAGUUAACUGACUAACUGUGCGUGAAACGCUGAGACUUCAAUAGUUAGUCGUUUCCUUGAGAUAGAAAGGAGAAAACGGUUUUGUAAUAGUCAGACAAAAUUGACAUAAAGAGUUUUCAGCUCUACUUUGUGCCGUUUCUAAUGGGCUUGCUAAACUGUCAAAUGGACCUUAAGGUGUUGUGACGUUAUUACUAUUACUUGUCUGAACAUGGUCAGCAUAAAUUAAACAAGUUUCCCGCGCAUUUUAUUCGUGAGCUAAGUAUUAAAUUUUGCUGCCCCCAAAAACUGCUAAUUCUGCUGGCACACUACUACUCCCAUACAGACAGAUUUUCUGGGGAAAGAGGUUGUUUCCCUUGGAAGCCGUCGUUAAGUGUUUUGUAACACAUGCAAUUGUCAAAAGUCUCUUUAUAACAACGGCGAAUUUGGAAGAUGACCAAUUGUCCGUUUUUGGUAUUUUAAAUUGUCGUUUACUUUGCACUUUUUGUCGUAAACGCGAUCCUUAACCUCUGUAAUGAAUUCUUCUGUUUUUCCCCUUAAUGCGUGGCUGGACUCGUACGAAGACAUUUAUCUAUAGGCUACCUUAUAUGUAGAGCACUAUGCCUGUUUUUCUCCUCAGCAACAAGGGAAAGACCCCACAAAUUUAUGUUUUCUCCACCUUCCAAGGGAUUUCGAUGAACCGGUAAGUCUGUCUCUUUAUUCACUUCUUUUUUAGCGUCCACAGGGCUCAAAAUAACAACCGGUCAACGGUCAAGAUGACCAUUUGUGCGGACAAACUUUCCGUUCGGCGAUCAUCUUGACCGAACACGUAAAUAAGCAACCAGAAAAAAAAUUUCAUUUUCGCGCCAUUACCUUUCAAGGGCACAAGUAUCUUUUUUUCACUUCAUGCUUUUGCUUGUUACGCUAAUACUUGCACGUUAUCGUCUUGUUAUUUUUAACAUUUUGACGGGUCAGAAGAAGGACGUGACCGAGCUAAAACUGAUUUAAUUCUCUGGUCCAUACCGGUAGAUUUUUAAGGAUAAGGUUGGUUCUACUGAAUUCCAAAGAUGAUAUUAUUUUUCUAGUCACAAAUGAAAAAGAUAACGAUGUGUUAAAUUACUGAUCGCUCCUCCUCUGUACCAACACGAUUCUUUACCAAACCAACAUUUUUUUUCGGAGCUAGGCUCUCCUUUGCGUAACGCGAUUCUGUUCGUUUGUGGGAACGAAAUUAUCCCUUAUUUGCGCUAACACGAAUUUUGAAGGUUCUGACAUCGAAAUCCAUUGCGAAAUCUUCUUCAGGGAACAAAACUGAUCUUCGCAGUCUCUUUUCGACAUUGAAGUUCCAAAAUCGUUCCUUGAAUCGAGGCGAGUGAGUAGGAAAACAUCAACAGGGAAGCCUCAAGGAUUCAAGACGUUCUGAGACUCAUUCGGCAAUCGUGCUGAAGCUUUCCAAAAGGUUUCCUGUUUUUUCUUGUAAACUCACCCACGAAAACGCCGUCGUCUUAACUUGCUACCCCUGGGUCUCUGAGGAUGCUUUCAAAGCAAGCCGCUAAGUCUACAAUGUCGCAGUUGGUCCUGUGUGGCUGUUAUUGGCCGGAAGGACCUCCUCCUCUUAAGCAAGAUCCGUGAGACGGAAUUUGCAGCCUCGCCAUCGAAACGAGGCUGCAAAAAUCCGUUUUGCUUACCGAAGAAGAGUUCUCGAUUGAUCACAAAAGGUCUGUUUGACUUUUGAAAAUUGUUCUUAAGCUACGUGCAAACAGAGGCCACAACUCCCAACAUUGCUUGACCAAUCUCAUCCACACUCGUCUGGCUUUUCACAGUGAUAAUGGUAACUUAAUCGUAUGAAGAUUUCUUUAGUUUUGUAACUGGUGCCUUAAGUAAAGGCUCUAUUCUUUUAAGAAACGCGCAAUAACUUGCAACACUUUUGGAAUCAAGUCGUCAGAGUUACUAACUGUUUCAUUGAGUAGAAUCUCACGUGACAACCUCGUAAAUGUUUAUGAGGCAACCAUCUACAACAACGAUGAAAAUCGUGACAUUUCUUAGCUAUUCGGUAUUCGACGAACUUCGUUAUCUUAAGAAACCAUGAAGAAACCUUGAAACCUUCGAGUCUUCCCUCUAAGCAGCAUUUGGUGAGUCGAUAUUCAUAGUAUUUAAACGAUUUAUUUAUUUUGCACCAGAUUUCUGAAGGAAACACAAAGAAAAGUGAAUCUUAAGUAUGAAGGUCGACUGAGCUGUGCGCAGCGGUUCUCGUUUUCUUUAAUGUACAGCAAUACCCAAUAACGCACCAAAAAAUAGUCUUAAUUUAGUAUUUGCAGUAAUAUAUUGGUUAGUGGGCACUAUUGAUCUUCUAAAUAUUUAGUCGUUUACCAGAAAAUGCAUAAAAUUUUAGAAAAACAAGAAUAAUUGUCGUUGCUUUUGUUCAUCACAGAAAUUAGAAGCUAUGCUAAGGAAAUAUGGAAAAGUAAAAUCAACCAGGAUCUUGAGAGAUGCAGACAAUAUGAAUAAGAUGGUAGGAUUUGCAAGGUAAUUUUUCAUUCUGUUCUCUGUUAGUUCUUUAUAAACUCCUCAUUAAUAAACUCUUCCAAUUGGCAGUGUUUUUGCACAAAAGCUCUAUGCUAGGUACCACACAGAAAACACACAAAAGGUAAUGGGCAAAAUUCUGGUGGCAGGGAAGCGCUUAAAUCUAGGGGUAAGGUGACCAGGAGAGAAGCCCUCCUGAGGAGAACAAGAUCGAGUGGUACCGGGGGUAGCCACCCUGGACAGGAGUCCUGAUCAGUCUGCGGGGGUGAAGCCCAUAUCCCCCAGUCACUAGGAACUAAGGGGAACCAGGAGGGCUGGCCCUCCUGGGUGGAGUACAGAUCAGGGGGUCCACACCCUGGAGUGGAUAUUUCUCCGGACCUGUCUCCAAGGGCUAAGCCUUACUGUGGGGUAAAGUGCAGCCAGGGGUUGCACUUCCCUGCCACUCCUUUUAUUGGGAAGCAAGGCAGUAGUUCCACAUCCCCGGGACCUAAUGAAGGAAUGAGACCUAGUCCAGUAUAAUACCAUAAUAUAAAUGAUUAAUCUUAAAGAUACAUAUAGAUGUGAAGGAAUAAAAUAAUGAUCUGCUUGAAAUACGUUCUGGUCGUGCUAAAUAUAUAGUGAACAUGAGUAAUAAUCGAAAGAGCUAAACAAAGGUUCCAGCCAGGACAAAGGGUUGGUGGGAGGGGAAAAACGCUGUUGUGAAUGAACCGAAGCCCUAAGCGAAGUGAGUGGGAAAGGACAGUGUACGGCAAAAAGAGGAGCACAUGUGUUAUGAUUAGCAUGUGAUAAUAAUAUAUAGAUUUAGCCAGGGCUAAAAGCGAAGCUCUCGAUAAUAUUUAUAGUUUGUUCAAACAAAAUAUAAAAUCGUGUAAUGCUAAGCGGCGAAGGCAACGCCGGAGAACGGAGAAAAAACAACAAUAGGUCUAAUUAGCAAAAAAGCAACCUUGCACGUGCAGCACACUUUUUUUGUACAUUUCUUUGCCGUUGUUUUGGACGACCGCCACGUGAAACUUCCAGAAACUUUUUUAUGGAGGAAAUGUCGUACGUGUUCUCGUUCACUUUUUUUUAUCACUACCGCUCAUUUUCUCCUUGCAUUGGUGGCCGCUAGCAUUUCUCAUUUUGUCACCGCCCCUACAAAAUUUUCAUGUUGUUCUUCCAACAAAAAAUGUCUUCUUUGUUUUUUAUCUCUCGCUCUUGAUCUUCUCGCUCUGUUGCCGUUUUUCUCGUUGAGUUUCUCUGGCCUUCCUCUUUUUCUCUUUUUCUCUGUCUUUCUCUGGCUCUAUAUUCCAAAUGUGUGGACAUGACAAUUAAUCUAAGCUUAAUACUUUUGAAAACACGGAUACAAAAACAAUUUCCGCUUUUCGGUUUCGUCUUUAUUGACUCUUUAGUUGCCUCUGCUUUACAGACGCGGGUGGCUAUGCGAUUUCCCGCCAAAAUAACCUCGAGUUGCAUUGGGUUGCCAUACCUGUUGAUUGAGUUAUUUCACAUUGGUAUGCCUGUGGUGCGGACGGACGGUCGGGCGUACGGUCACGUGAUUACCAAAUUUUCGCGGAUGGGUAGAUUACCACAUUUUCUUACCCAUGGUGCUCCGAAGGCGCGCUUCGCGCGCCAGAGCUCCGCUAUGAAUGGAACCUUUGUGGAGUCUAGUAAAUAUAUCAUGCUAAGUUACAGUGGACUUUGCCAAAGAAGAAGGAUACAUUGUAAUCGAACAACUAGUUAGUGUUCAUUGUUCUUUCUUGUACUUUGAACUAGUAUCCACCAUAACUUAGUACAAAAGCUUAUCCAAAUGUUGCACGUUGUUUGACGUAAGAACAGAGACAUGAUUGUUGCUAGUAUGUCAAUAAGUGUGCUUUCAUGGGGCAUAAUUCGAGCUGUCACCCCAAAAAUGGGUUCGAGGUCGCUGUCGCUUAGCAGACGGGUUCCAACUAUAGGACUUUGACUGGGAAAAUUCUGGCGUUUUAGAAAGGUGGUCGCUUAUGAGAGGUGGUAGCUUAGCUACCUGCGGUUUAAUCUUAUUGUAAAUGUAUAGUAAACUUGAAACUUGAAAACAGAAACAAGUCUAAAUCACUCGGCUGUGACAAGUGUUUAGAUUAAAUUUUGAUGGAGCAUUGUGCUUGCUUAUGCAUGAUCUCGCAAUCCCUGACCAAUACUUCCAUUUCUUGUGAUGCUGUAAUUUUGUUUAACAGUUAUAUGUCACCCUGUUAUUUAUUAAGUGUAUUCAACUCCAGUUGCUACUUUACGCUACCUCAUUUCCUUUUUAAGAAUGGAAAAUACACACAUUUGCAAACAGAUUAUUGAAGACUUUAAUGGAGAAAAGAUUGAAGGUAAGUAAGCGCCUGAGAAGUGUACCGCGACAGCUUCAGUGGUAUACAUAGUAGAUUUACGAAUUAUACCUCUUUAUAAGGGUUAUAACGCUAUUUCUGGCAUGCCAUUAGUUUACAUUGCGGCCUACUCCGACUGGUACCAAUCCUAAAUUAAAGGUACGACGAGUUCCCCCGUCAUUUGUUUUUUUUUUGGGUGGGGGAGGAGAGGGGGGGACCCGCCUGGGACUUGAUUGUGAUAAUAUUUUUACAGUUCAAACGCUUUCUUUCCACGUUCGAACUUCAUAGUACAUUAUCUAUUGUUGUAAUAGCCUUCGUAAGGUAUUUUGGGAUUUAUCUUGUUAGCGAGCGGUUAUGUUGAAUGCUAUGACACAAGAAGCAUCCAACUGGAAGACAAAUCACCGGUGGAUUUUAUAAUGCCAAUUUUGACGGGUUCUUACCGUUUUUAUAGGAUUUAAGGAGCUUUGAGUUUGAACGAUCGGCUUAAGAAGAACCAUCCUUCAAUUAUUGUUUAACUGAAGUGUAACUGAAACUUUGAAAUUGGCCAAAAGGGCUUCGCCAAGGCCCCAGAGGGAAACAGACGGUAACACACACGAAACGAAAAAAAGGAAAGCCAUUUUCAUGAAUAUUGAAUAUUUCAAAAGGCAUUAGUUAGGAAAUAAUGUGUUGUUUAAAUAACAUUUUCAUAUAGAAUUUAAUUCACACUGCUCCCACGGAGUCUGGGCUACCUCUGCUAUAAGUGCCCUUUGUACACUUUGUAUAUGUUGUGGCUCAAGUUUAUGGAUAAUAAUGGAUAAAAAUGGAUUUCAAGCAAAGGAAAAUAAAAUUUAAACCAAGGUUAAAAACUGAACUACGGCAUUUACACGCAGUAUUCAUACUGUCCGACACAGUUUUACCAGCCUUGAAUGGACGACAAUUUUGAUGUAGUAAUAACCACAUUUUGCAUAGCUAAGCACAUGUACAACGAAGCCCGUUUGUGUAGUUAUCAUUCAUGUGAAGAAAUGACUUUGGCUCUCAAACUGAAUUAUUUAGUAAAACAGUUUCUUUAAGUGGUUGACGUGGAAUUGAAAAUAAUAAACCUUCUUACUGCCUUCUUACAGGAAAUUUCAGAUCACUUGUCGUCAAGUUUGCUGAUUUAGGUCCCAGGAACAGACAGAAAUCUCGCAAAAAUCAUGGUAUGAUAAACGUUUCUGAGUAAAUGAUACAGAUAAAUAUUAUUGAAUGCUAUAUACUGAGCUUGCAUGUCGCUAGUGCUGUUUUUUAAAUUCACAACUUCUGAUAACGCAUUUCCAGCUUUUUCAUUGGCUGAAACACGAUUAACAUCAAUUAUUUUUCCUUCAAAUAUUUCUCUGUUUCUGAUUGGGUGAAAUCCACCAGCAAAUUCGUCAACCAGCUAGUGUUGACCAAAUUUGGAAGACGUUUACGAAAUCCAAGAAAAUGACAUCAUCGGUACAGGAUAACAAGAGAAAAAGGCACGGAAACCGAGAAGCCUUGGCGACUACUGGUUAGCUAAGUUGGUUUGGUAGAGCCAGUGCGAAUGGCCGAAAAUUUUACACGUUUUGCGAAGAAGAAAUAGCCGAGCUACUGCCUAAAAUAUAUCAAGAAGAACGAAAAUACAACUCGACGGAUGACAAAUGCUACUGAGGAAUAUUUGCUAGCCUAAACAUCCUUUUAUGCGGGCGAGCAAAAUUCGAGCCCGCAGUCGUAUUCUUGGUGGAGUGGUCAGCGGCACUUUUUGAAUGUAUAGCGGGGUUUUUCCAAAAUCUGUCCACAUUCUUGGGGUCCUUUUGUUCUUCCAACUAAUAUGCAUGGUAUGUGGUACAGUUAGAGCAAACCGGUUCCAAUGACACCCAUUAAAUGGCCAUAAAUCGGCUCGGAAACCACACAGGAAAGAAACACACAACUUAAGCAAGGUUAGCCGAUUUUUAUUUCAAUCCUUUUAAAUUGGUAGGCUACAGAAACAAUUGCUUUUUCUCCCAUACAAAUCCUUACAUUUUGAACGUUAAGCAAAAGUGCCGAUGGGCAUAUUUCGAGCUAGGGCCACCGGUGAGCAUACAUGAACAUUAGGCGCUUAUUCGAGGUGGGCGCUUAUUCGAGGCUGGGCGCUUAUUAAAUUUUCACCUUUUUCAGCAAGUGAAGUAUGGUUAUUUUGCAACAAAACAAUUAAUGUUAAUAACAAAACGCGAAGAAGUAAUAAAGCAAGGUUUCUGUAUAAUACUCUGAAGAAAACUCCGUCCUCGGGGAAGUCUCUUAUUAGAAUUUAUCCACUCAAGUGAGUGGGGUGGGGGUGCGCGCUUAUUUGAGUUUGAUUGGGAAGAGAAGGGUGUGGGCGCUUAUUCGAGGCUGGGCGCUUAUCAACUUUUUCUGCCUUUAAGAUGAGCGCUUAUUCGAGGUGGGCGCUAAUUCGAGGUUGGGCGCUUAUUCGAAUAAAUACGGUAAUGAUAUUUUCUGUAAAAUGGUCCUAUCCAUGUUCGAUACUGGUUUUGCUGUAGUUUGCUAUUACAUGCCACUUUUUAAGAUUUGCUGCGUAAUCACUAUAACAUUGUUUAUGAGAUGUAAUUAGCAACAACUUUCUUCAAAUUCUGUUUCUGGCUAUAGCGAUCGUCUUGGUGCUGUAGAUCGUGUGGUCUCCGCUGAAAUUACGUACUGUUACGCUAAAGAUUAUACACUUCAACAGCUGAAACAACACACCACACUACAAUAGCCAAACAAUAGUAACCAACAGUUAUUUCUUCAACACCGGGAAAGACCAGUACUAUCUGUUCUUCACUAGAUCGUUUGCUUUUUCUUUUCAGCAGACAGCUCUUGUUCAACUAACGAGCAGGGGGUGAGUAAGCACAAUCAAGUCGUAAAGAGAUUUCUGUUGUUAAUCAUGAUUGUCCAGACAGAUCAGCCUGUUCCCAAAUUGUGCGAACGAAGUGAUAAUUUCAUUUCCGGAUUAGUCUGUUAGAGAAAGAUCAGAAAAUCCUAGGCAUGUGACGUAAAAAAAGGCUUUGAAAGGUAUUAAAAAUCACCGAUAAGAUGCAAUGAACUUCUUGCCAGUCUCGUUGAUUUGAACUCAAGUUGCCAGUGAGCUUACUCGCUCCAAGUAACUGUAACAUUUCACCGUCCGGAGUCUGUAGAACGAUUGUGACACAAUCCCUGCUUCUUUUACACGGACACCUCUGUUACGUGGAAACUCAGCUCUGCUCCUCUGUGCUCUUAUUAAAGGUUUGACUGUCUUUAAUGACUGUUGUUUUGUGAUAAAAAAUAGUUAUUCUGCUGAGCCUUCAAGAUAGGGGUAAUGAAAAAUGCUUCAAACUGUUGUGAUCUGCUUCAUUAAUGAAGCAAGAUAUGCUACCAUGUUGUAUUGGCCAUUGCAUUUGCACAGUGACAUUUAGAGUGGGUAACAAGUACGGUGGAGUGAGAACAAGGACAGUUGGAGAUCUCUUAUCGUCAUUUUUCUUGUGUCUUACUAUCUGCUUCUCGGGACAUAACUCGCUCGAUCUUCAAGGGCUCUUUCCUUUUAAGCGAACAAAGCCCGUAAAAAGGCCAGGUAACUGAGUAUAUCCACCUGAACUGCCUGUAAUGAAAAAAGGCCGAAAUUUACGUUCGAGUAUCAAGACGGCGCUAACUGCAAUUGUUUUAAACUCUAUUAAUAAAAACACCCUUGUUUCGUAUUUGUUACACUUUGGUUAACAUCUCAAGUCCUUUGAUAGUGUAUGGCUAAAAAUAGUUUCCUUUUUUAGAGGCGCCCAUUUUACGAAGAAACACAUGAGGAUGAUGAAUUAUUCUACUGUGACGAAAGCUGCGACAGUGUGUUGGCCAAGAGAAAUCCGUUCAGAACUGCUGAAGCGCACCCAUUUCUGGGAAUCGCGUUUAAUCUGGGUAUGUUGGGACUAGCAAAACUGGCAGAGAAAGGUUAUAGAACGGACCACGACGGGUCUCAGUAUCGUCGCGCCAUUUCCUCCAUGUGCAGGUUUGUGGUCUUUUACCCUGAUAUUUCUAAAUGAUCUCGUGUGUUGAAUCUAUUAACUCUUUCCUUCCUAGUAGCAAAGGUAAAUUUUAUCUGAUCAAAUUAUAAGAACAACAAAGAGUACCAUGAAAAAGUACUGCCAAAGAACUCGAGGUUUUAUGUGAAAGGCCACAAAGACUCAAGAAUCAUAGCAAAAUCUGUAUAUAUGUCCAUAAUUACUGCGAGUUGGGGUAAACACCUGUAAGCAGAUACUAGUAAAUUGAACAAUAUCUCAAUCUUUUCUUAAAUAACAUGAUCUUUCGAUAAAAAUGUCGCUUGACACAGGAAUCAACUCAUAAAUAAACCUUGUAGUGUGGCUCUUCUCUUCUCUCCAUGCAAUCCUUACUACAAGUCAGACCAAGCAAGGGACAAUUACUUUUGAAACCUCUCAAGUUUUACAGACAACAAGAAAGGUUAAGAGAGGUUGUGUGUGAUUUUUGAUGAAAGAUAUUUUACUCAACACUUUUGCCCUGCCCGUGAAAUCCUUUGUGUAAUUCCUGAUCAACAGUUAAAGAGAGAUUGAGCCAAGUAUUUUAAGAGCUCCUCCGUUUGAGAGUAUUCCGGAAUAACAAUACAGUCAACUCUCGCCUUACGGACACGCCGCUAAUAGGGACAGCUGCUGAAUCCCCGGCGAAAAUUACAGACAUUUGACCGAAACAAACUACCGCUGUUACGGACUUACAGACAUCUCUCUCGGUCCCGAGAGCACAGUUUUAUUGUCCCAACUCUCGUUAUAACGGAGAUCAAUCAAUAUCUUUCGACAUUUUGGCAGAAUUAUCUCAGAUUAUAAUUUAUUUCUUCCUCUACUGCCCUUCGUCUGUCUCUUUUGUUGAAAAGUGACGAUUUUCUUUUAACAUGAUCCUUCUAUGAAACUACCGUACUUGGGAGCAAAAAACAGUCAUGAUGUACUUAAUGUACAUAAAUUGGUUUUCCUAGUACCGUACUUCAUGGUUUUUGUGUCCUACAAAUUUUUCAGUGACUGUUGUGGUGAAUGAAAGGGAGAUGCAAGUUUUGUUCUGUUACGAUUUGUCUUGUGGGUAAAUAAAGUACUGACACUCUAUCCAGUUUUUGCUUUUAUUUAUGGUAAAACCUAGAAAUCCGGUGGAAAUAAAUAAUUACAUGAAUUUAUUAUAUGGUGACAAUAGUUCGCGCUCUCUGAUUGGGUGCUAAAGGCAGGCAAGAUAUUCUUGUGAUGACCGGGCAUCACUAGCUAGUUGUCCAAGGAGUAGUAGUGGUAGAGUCAAAAUCGUAAGGGUUUUUUAAACUUGUGUUGUUGACAAUUCGGUGAAACACAGCCUGCACGGCAUUCCUGAGCAACCAAGCAUUUCUGAGGAGGUACUUUUCCACAGUUUCAUGUAUCACGUGUGAGAAUUAACUAUCGCCGUCAGAGUUACUAUUAUAUGGACAGAAGUGAAGCAGAAACAUUUUUUACUUAACAAGGGAAACCCCCCUGCAUUUCAUUAAAUACAUGUAAGUAAUUAUGCUGUUCCGCUUUGUGUGGGGAUUUUCCCUUUGAUAUUGCGUGGUUAAUCAGCUGUGGAUAAGGUACAUGCAAGUAGACGGAUGCGAUUUCUGCUAUAUAGAACCACGGAAACCCAUCGUUCCUUGCGCAAAAACUACUAUUUGAUGUGCUAUAACCACAACGGAGUGAGAAGCACUUCCUCCGCCUUUGCAGCCCAAAAGUUUUAAGCACAGCCUGUACGGCCCCAAGAGAUAAGGGUCGCAGACGACAACAAACUCUUCAAGAGUUUGACUUUGCGAAACGAAACGAAACGAAACAUGAUUUGCUAAACGAAACCGCUAAAACGAAACGAAACAUCGAACAUUGAAAGUCGCUCACACCCGGAAAAUACCAAUCUCGUACCCAGAGUCUUCUGGCUUGUUGGUCAGCGAGGCUGGGGACAUCAAAUCUCCACCGCAAUCUCGUGCCUCGAGUCUUGAGUCCCUUACUGCGCAUGCUUGCUUGUCAAGGGGAACGAAGACGCUGGGUAGGUGACAUUCUCGUUCCCAGAGUUUCGAUCUUUUUGUUCAGCGUUGCUCUCGAUCCACAACGCUGACCAAAAGGAUUAAAGCUCUGGGAACGAGAAUGCCCGCAAUCCUAAUUUCCAGGUUGUUAUUACGUAUGCGUCGCAUUUAUAUAGCCAGCAUUCGUUUGGACUUUCACUAACAAUGAAUGGAAUCCACAGAACGCAAUUUGAUCACGCGCAUUUCGACCUUCGACCCCUCGUAAUCUGAUCACGCGUGUUUGAACCAUCUGUCACGUCAAACUUACGGAAUGCAUAGUGUUGAGGCAAAAGCGUUUGGACCUCUGAUCAUUGUCGCCGGCAUUCCUUAACCUUUAGUUAUUAUUAGUUUUCAGUUCCCAAAAUCGUAAAUUGCUGUCAUGGUCAGCCCCCACAUUUCCAUUUUGAAGUAUUUUCCCUAAAACAGCGCUCCUCAAGUGUCCGUUGUCCGUCUCUUACCACUUCUUAACUUAAUCCGUGUCCUUUUCUCGUAACGUUCUGCUAGGCCAGGCGUGGGUUUGAAUUAGUGCUAAAUCCUGGUAAGACUGCCCUUUUAAUGAAGUGGCCGUUCAAAUCAAAGGAGUACUUGGCAAAAUAACAUCACCCUCUUCAGUCUUCCACGUACUGUAGUUCUAUUAGAACAGUUCUUUUUUUGAAAUUUAUGCUUGAAUACACAAGACUUGUUUGCUAUCUGGUGAAGAAGCAGUGGUUGACGGAAGCACUUAUGGAGGCGCAUGUGAGCAGAUCUUCAAAACAGAACAGACUCUUGGGGAGUGUUACCGCUAAUCCAGGUUGCAGCCAAUGGGAAAAUGGUAAGUAACGUUACCACUCGGUCCGAUUUUGAACCCCAUCGCUUUUUGAACUGAAUUAUUCUUCCUAUCUGAAAGUAAGUGAUUGUCGCAUAUUGCUGUUAUUAUUACUAUUAUUAUUAUUAUUAUUAUUAUUAUUAUUAUUAUUAUUAUUAUUAUUAUUAUUAUUAUUAUUAUCUCUUUUAUCGCUGUCUUUGCUGGUGUUCUUUUUUGUGCAUCAGCCGGGCGCAAACCAUGCACCUAGAGCGUCAGUCACUCAAGUUAAUCAUUCUGUUCAUACACUGAGCACCUUUCUGAGGAUUCGCGCGCGCAGAUCCCAGCAUGCAGAUCUUUUGAAUCUCUGUCAUAGUUGCUCUCUCUGAUACUUUCUUGAUGUUUUCUACCAUACUCUUCUUCACUGUACCAAGCGCACCAACAACCACAGGGAUUACUACGGUUUUCGUAUGCCACAUUCUCUGUAUUUCUAGUUCUAGGUCUCUGUACUUGCUUUUUUUUUCAGUUUCCUUCAGUGCGAUGUUUCUAUCUGAUGCAACAGUCAUAUCAAUCAGUUUGCAGGUGGAAUUCACUGAAUCUUUAACGAUGAUGUCUGGUCUGUUCGCUGUUAUAGUUCUAUCAGUAUUGACUGGCAUGCCCCACAUGAUGGUGAUGUUGUUAUCUUUAUUGUGCAUCACGGUCUCUGGCUCAUGUUCGUACCAUUUGUCUGUAAUCUCUACAUCAUGAUCUUUACAGAUGCUCCAAUGGAGAUAUGCUGCAGCAUUAUUGCGCCUGGAGAUGUACUCUGUUUUGGCUAAUACCUCGCAUCCAUAUACAAUAUGUUAUUAUUAUUAUUAUUAUUAUUAUUAUUGUUAUUAUUAUUAUUAUUAUUAUUAUUAUUAUUAUUAUUUUCUCUCUCAACACCAGAGUCCAAACCAUGGACUUUGGGAGGCAAAGACGGUUUCUACUUUAUGGAGAGGACCCGCCUGAGAAGGUGGGCUAUAGAAAGGAGAGUUAUUUUCUGGAGUUCAUGUAUGUUGAUGUUGCCAGGGAUUUUGUUGGAGUAGUUUUCCAUGUCCUUCUUGAUGGUGUUGUUUUGAGCCUCCACAUUCGCUCAACCUCGAUUUCCAAGUCUUUGUAUUUUGUAAGCUUUUCCGUGGUUUUGACUGAGGUGUUGGUGUCGAGGGGUAUAGUCAUGUCAAUGAGAAGGGAAGUUUUAUCCUUCUUGUUCUUUAGCACAAUGUCCGGCGUAUUUGCUGCUGUGGUCCUGUCGGUGUGGAUUGGCAUGUCCCACAGAAUAGUGAAGCUGGCACUCUCGGUGUCAGUCUCGGGUUCAUGCUCAUACCAUCGUUCCUUCACCUCAAUGCCAAACUCUCUGUAGAUCUUCCAGUGCAUGUGUGCAGCUGCCUUGUUGUGGCGGUGGAUGUAUUCAGUUUUAGCCAGUUCAGGGCAGCCAGAGACCAGGUGGUCGAUGGUCUCGUCGAAACGGCCACACAGUCUACAUUUUGGGUCCACGUCAGGCUUCUUGAGGAUGUUCUGUUGGUACCAGCGUGUUAAGAGGCUUUGAUCUUGAGCUGCGAUGAUAAAGCCCUCGGUUUCUGGCUUGAGGCCAGCUGCUUUUAGCCAUCUGUGGGUCUUGUCUUGGCCCUCGUCAGCCUGUUUCACCCGCUAUGGUUAUUUGCCGUGCAGUGAUUUUGAUUCCCACUUGGACCUGAGCUGUUGGUGACCCUGGUGGUAAGUUUGGCCGUGGCCUUUGUUCUGCGGGCAUAGGUGGUGUGCGUCUCAUCCUCUGCAAGUGGUAUUGCAGGUACUCCCAGUUCCCGACUAAACUUCAGUGACUGUCUGCUGAUGGAGUACAAGGAUUUCCUGUCGUCAUGGUCUUUAAUUAUUAUUAUUAUUAUUAUUAUUAUUACUAUUAUUAUUAUUAUUAUUAUUAUUAUUAUUAUUAUCAUUUUCACGCUUCACUCUAUACCGACGUUAAUGGUUUUCUGAAUCCCACAAUAAUAACUGGUGAAAAUUAUCGUCCAGGGCCCAGUUGCUCGAAGCAUGGUUAGCGUUAACCAGCGUUUAAUACCUUGACAACGUAUUGGUUUGAUACUGCUUAACCAAUGGUUAAAGCUAACCAUGCUUUGAGCAACUCAGCCCUGACCUUCUUUUCCUAAUCUAGUCCAAGUGCCUAUAUGUUCUAGAAUUAAUAGUUGGUUUCGAGUCUAACCUUAAUAACAAUGCAGUGCGUAAAAAAGAAAAAUAUCCAAACUUGAUCAAAGAAAUUAGUAGAAAUUACAGAUGUGUGAAAUUUGUAAACCUAUCUAUUAACUCCCUUGGCGUUUUCUCCGACGGAUGCUCCACGUUCUUAGACAUGAUGAAUGACAUUGGCAUUGACAAAGAGCAGCAACAUUAUAUAAUGAAAAAAUGAUAAAUAUAGCCAUUACAGCAACUUAUUACAUCUUUUGUUAUAGAAAUAGGAAUUUUGAUAGCCCAGAAUUUAUUCAAUCUCAAGCAGCCAAUUACUAUUAUUAUUAUUAUUAUUAUUAUUAUUAUUAUUAUUAUUAUUAUCAUUAUCACCCUUCUUGGCAGGUUAUUCACAGAGCGCAUCCAAAGAGUCAAGUUGUGACAGUUGUUUCCUUCAAGAUUUUGUUUCGUUCUUGAUCAAUAAUGUGGACAAUCCAAUGUGGUUAUUCGAAGUGCUUAAAGAGGUAUUUAACGGAGUCCUUUGAACAUUUCUUAGUAUUUUGGGGGUGCUGUCAACUUGUGCUGGUCCCAAUGGUGUUUGUCCGAAACGCAAAAAAGUUGAACGAAGAGAGCUCACUAGACCAUGCAGGCAGCAUACACAAAAGGGACUACAAAGGAACGGGAUGGGAUGGGUAUGGGGGUCCGAGGUGCUGCGGCCGAUCAACAAGCGACCAGUAAGGCCUCUACUCUGGAACAAGGAAAAACACUGAGGUAGUGAAUACUGCGCCGUAGGAAAGAAGAAUCAACCAGCCAAUUGUCUUUUUUUUAGUAUGUGUUUCUGAAAGGCUUCAACUGUUUCAAGAAAUCCUGCCAUUAACAAGCAGUGACCGCCAUACAAAAGUACUAGCAGACGUUUCGUUUUGAUAGUCAGACAUAAAAAUUAGAAUUAAAUUAACGUCAACUUUUCCAAAGACGGACGCUGUUGGAACUGGCCCCUACGUCCGCCUCGGAGAGAUGUCCCCCUAUAAGGAAAAAGACCGAAAAACGGCAAUGUCUUAAGCUACUACUGUAAUUGAAAGGGUUAAGUCUAGCAGUAGCAGUCGCAGCAGUAGUAGUAGCAGUAGCGGUGGUAGUCGCAGUGGCGGUGGCGGUGGCAGUAGUAGUAGUAGUUUUAGUAAAGGCUCUAUUUCUGGGGGUUGACACGUCAUAGUAGUAAAAACACUGACAAAUUCAUGACCCUCAUUACACAAUAAAAAUUACCUAAAAUGUAAAAUCACCUGAAAUACCGUAAAAUUCCGAAAAUAAGCCCCUCCAUGUAUAAGCCCCUCCAAAUAUAAGCCCCCCCAAAACAACCGGCAACGUAAAAACCCUCCGUUAAAUCGUCCCUCCAAAUAUAAGCCCCCCGCGGGCUAUAUUUGGCAAAUUGCCCUCCAAUACAAAGUGAAAAAAAAGCAAAAACGGUAAAUUUGCUUCCAACUAUAAGGGUAACCAAAUCGAUUUUGAGACGCAAAUUUCCUUCCGUAGAUAAGCCCAUCCAAAAAUAAGCCCCUCAAAAAGGGCCUGUGAAAAAUAUAAGCCCCGGGGCUUAUUUUCGGAAUUUUACGGUAAAUUCUUAAUUUACGGAAGCCUCAUAUCCUCAUAAGUCAAGAGUUUUAUUACACGAAUUCAUACCUCUGUUUGCUAGUUUUCUAAGGGGUAAAUAAUUGACUAAUAUGUAUGGGGUACUUUUAUGUUGUCAGUUACUACUUGAUUUCUGGAAACGAAUAAUAUGAGAGGUUUGCCAGCAUUGUUGGGGAUCAAUAUCCGAAAUGUUAAAAAUGAUUCUUUUUUAGCUGGGAGACCAACUGUGCGCUGACAUCCCUGACGGAAGGCUUACAUCAUUGGAGCAAAGACAAAACUUCCGGAUCAAAAGCGCUUGGCAGGGCUAUCCUCCUGUUAACCUUCUGCUGCAGAAGUAAGUCAUCAUGCUUUAACAGUCCCAGUGUAAUUCUCGUCUUCAAUGGCUUGGGGGGGGGCACUGCCAUAUAUGAGCUAUAUAGGUACCGUGAAAUUCAGAAAAUAAGCACCGGGGCUUAUAUUUUUCAAACACCCUUUUUGAGGGGCUUAUUUUUGGAGGGGCUUAUCUACGGACGGAGGGAAAUUUGCGUUUUAAAAUCAAUUGGGCUAGCCUCACAGUUGGAAGUAAAUUUACAUUUUCGGAAUUUUACGGUAUGUGUCGCUGUGAAGGGUAUGGUUUUCAAGCAGAUUACUGUUUGAUAGGGUAUAUAAAUCACAGAGUUUGGGUCUAGAAGAGGGUAUCAUUUUCCAUUUAAACUAAUCAACUGGCUGAAGAUUUUAGUCUAGACUAGGGAAACCGGGAAUUGCCACUCAAGAAUAUAAAAAAGUCAAAUCGGUUUUGUUUUGGCUGGACUGUGCUAGUGACCUCACUUGUUUCUGGAAAACAGCUACUUUAGGAAAGAGGGGGAUUUGGGGAGUUUAGUCUAGUAUAGGGUAGCAAAAUUCCCUUGAACUAGCUCUGGUAUAGGCUAAAGGUUCCAGGCUCCUAGCGGCACAUCCCCACCCAACAAGUCCUAAAGUACCCCCACCCCGACCCCGUAAUGGCUAAAAUGAAAAUGUGCAUGCGUGAUAUGUUAUAGUUGUGGUCAUUGUUUGUCUAAAGCACCUCUCUCGUCUCUAAUCUUCAGUCAUCGUCACUCCCCUUGCCCACCGCUUUUCUCCUCACCUACCCUUUUGCCGCCUAUUUACUGUUCCUCCUACCCCAUACCUCCCCGUCUCUUUCAGAAUACAGGGUGCCAAAGGAGUUUAGGGCUCCAGGGCUCCGGACCAAAACAAACAGUGCUCCUCCGCUAUGCUUUUUUUGCUUUAAUCCAAAAGCAAAUCCUAGGAUUGAGAAAAUACAGCAAUUUCUAUUUUUAAACACUGUUUUUAUAAGUUUUUCUCCACUCUACUCGUGUUUCACAGCUAUCUAGAGUUAUUUAUCAAUCAUAAUCAAUGAAUGCGUUUAAUAUUUGACAUAGUGAAUGACGUGUCAGGGUUCGAAGGUUAAAACACGCCAUUUCUUUUCUUUCGAAAAGUUUGAAAAGUCUUUCUUUGUAGUGGCAUUUUCGUCAGUAGUUUAAUGUGAACAAAAAAAAAUCAUCAUAUCGAUUGCAGAGGAAGAAAGAGAAGGUCAAGGAUCCAAUGAGCCUACGAGAGAACAGUGUUUGCUUGGUGCAAAAGGGUGUUAGUGUAAACUGGCAGCAGAGAAAGCUUGCCAUCGCUGGAGUUUUAUGUUGGAAGGUGAUCGCACUGGAAGAUCGAUUUCCGAAUUUAAAAAUUACUUGACCGUAAACCAAGGCCUACACGACGUCGCCAAAAAAUUUGGCAUACAAAAAUUUACCGUAGAAAUCAGCACACACCGUUGCAAGAAGCCGGGAAGAAGGAACCGCCGUUUCUCACUGGUAGAGUGUUCGCAUGUUCGAUCGCAUGGUUUUUUACAAUCUUCGUUCCGAUUCUCAUCAAACAACAAACACAGCACGUUACGACGCUAUCUGUGUGCAAGAAUGUCAAAAUUUUAAUAUUUGGGGCGACGGGCUGCGCAGCAAACGUUUUGAGGGCUCCAGGCUCUACAGUAAAAUAAUAAUAGGGCUCCAAGCAACGAAGCGAUAGGGCUCCGGGCUCCAAGGAAAAAAAAUUAGGGUUGCUGGGCUCCGGCCACCCCCCUCCCCCCUUUGGGACCCUGAGAAUAACAUCCCCGGUAUCCCCGGUCCCUCAUGCUCUCUGAACUUGUAGUGUUUAAAGUGAUAGUUAUUUCCUUUAUUGCAGUUUAUUUACCCUGAAAAAAAUGACUUUUGCCCCUGAAAUAAAAUGAUAGUAUCCUUGUCUAUAAAAUUAUGUUUCGUGCAAUAUAGAGGUAACACGAUAAAGUGCAUGUUUUUCGUUUUCAACUCAGCGUUUGCGGCUUGUCAGCGUAAUGCUAAAAUCCACGCAUUUUUUGUGCAUUUCAGGGACUUGGAUGCUUUCUCUAAACUUCUUCUGGGACCGCAAAUGGCUGACUUAGUCGCAAGAGUCACUCGUACUCGCGACCGACUCUCACUUGCGCCAUCAACAGUCAUUUACCAGCUUCGUCAAGGCAGAAUAUCUGACACUCGGCUACAGGAAGUGCUGCAAAUUGCCAAAAGAGCCUUUAGUAUCUCAGACUCCAGCGGAGCCAUGUUUAAGAACUUGACUGACAAGAUAACAGCUGAGUUCCCACUCCUUGGGCAACAGCAGGAGCACUUGUUGACUCACGAGAUGGCAAAUAAGCACCCAAUCCUUGAGCAGCUGCUGGAGCGGGACGGUUGGCAUUGCUUGGUUGAAGAGUUUGAAUAGAUAUGUAUUAAGUAGUUACUUGACAAAAAGAGUGACUAAAAAUAGCGCAAAACCUGUAAGACAAUUCAAAGAGUUGACCAUUACAAGUUCGUAUUUUACAGCUAGGUACAUAUAAAGGCCUAAAAAACUGUAAAAUUCUUU